GCAAAUAUCAAAAUAUAUCAAGUUUCUCUCUCUCUCUCACCUCCUAUCUAUCUACAACUCUUUUUAAGCCUCUGCUCGUUCUUCACAAGCAGUGAUUCUAAACAGUCCUCAAACUCAAAAUCACGAUGAAAGCCUGGAAGUAUGAUGAAUAUGGAAGUGUUGAUGUCAUGAAAUUCGUCACCGAUGUGGCUGUUCCUGAGAUCAAUGAUGAUCAGGUCUUGGUUAAGGUUGUUGCUGCUGCUCUUAACCCUAUCGACUUCAAAAGAAGACAUGGAUUCUUGAAAGCCUCUGAUUCUCCUUUUCCGAUUGUUCCAGGAUUCGACAUCGCCGGAGUUGUUGUUAAGGUCGGAAGCCAGGUAAAAGGGUUGAAAGAAGGAGAUGAGGUGUACGGAGAUGUAAAUGCAACCGGUGCGAGCGGACCUAAACAGUUUGGAACCUUAGCUGAAUACACUGCUGUUGAAGAGAGAUUGUUGGCUUUGAAACCUAAGAACUUGGAUUUUGUACAGGCCGCUGCUCUCCCUCUUGCAAUUGAGACUGCGUAUGAAGGUCUAGAACGGGCAGGUUUCUGUGAAGGUAAAUCGAUCCUUGUUCUUAAUGGUGCUGGUGGAGUUGGAUCCUUCGUAAUUCAGCUCGCAAAACACGUAUACGGUGCAUCGAAAGUAGCAGCCACGUCUAGUACAGGAAAGAUCGAGUUACUCAAGAGUCUAGGGGUUGAUGUUGCCAUUGAUUACACCAAAGACAACUUUGAAGAUUUACCCGAUAAAUACGAUGUUGUCUAUGAUGCAAUUGGACAAGCGGAGAAAGCCGUGAAGGCCGUUAACGAAAAUGGUCUUGUGGUGUCCAUAGCCGACUCUGUUCAACCGCCACAUAUUAGCUUCUUUCUCACGUCUGAUGGAUCUAUUUUGACGAAACUGAGUCCGUACCUUGAAAGCGGAAAAGUGAAGCCAUUGCUCGACCCUAAAACCCCAUUCCCUUUUGACAAAGUUAUCGAAGCUUACACUUACCUUGAGAGCCACCGAGCCACGGGGAAGGUAGUUAUAUACCCAAUACCUUGAGGCCUGAUGUCCAAGAUAGAGGUGAGCAUCAACUGGUCUGAAAGAAGCCUGGUUGGUCAAAGUCUGGUCAAAAUCGGUUUGAAAAAAAUCUGGUCUUUCUACACAUCUUUGGUACAAGUCUAUGUUUCUUUUUAUAUGUAAUACCAAUAAACGUAAUAAGCGUGUGUGGUUUUUUUAGUAUAUAAAUAUAAAAUAAAUAAAUAGUAUGGUGAGUUGUUUAUUUAGAUUCUCUUUGUGAAAGGCGUGACCUUUGCGUUGGGUCAGCCACGAGAAUUGUCAAACGAACGUGUUGAAUUUUGGGUUUUUGCUAUUUGAGUUAAAUAUGAUUU